AUGACAUUUCUGUGUCCUCAGGAUGCAUCAUCCUCUCAGCAUACUGAUGUCACCUUAGCUUCCAUGUCCAGGGGUUUUAUCACAGCAGCCCGCGGUUCCCAGUCCCUGGCACCACCCAGCAGCUCCCGGCUCCCCCUCCCCUCCAGACCUGGCACUCGCCCUCAACCAAAAUGGCGCCGACGGCCUCAGUACGUCAAGCGACGUGCCCGCCGGCCUCCUCCCGCGCUUCUUUUAUCCCCGCAGCCAGAAGCCGAGCAGCAGAGCGGAAAGCCUGACUUUGGGGUCCGCGGUGGUUUAGGCAGCGCCAGGGCUGUUGUGUGGCUGCACGGUGGUGCUGCAGGGCGGGAUGCUGUACCCCCGGGAGAGCCCGUCAUGGAAGUGCAAGGAGCUGGACAGCCCCUGGAGCUUCCGCGCCGACUUCUCCGACGACCGGCGCCGGGGCUUCCAGGAGCGGUGGUAGCGGCCGCUGCUGCGUUUGGCCCCACCCUGGACAUGCAGGUUCUCUCCAGCUUCAAGAACAUCUGCCAGGACUCGCGGCUAUGGCAUUUUUGUCAGCUGGGUGUGGCACAAAUGGGAUGUGACCUUGCCAGAGUGGUGGACCCAGGACCUGCAGAGAAGAGUGGUGCUGAGGAUUGGCAGUGCCCACUCCUAUGCCAUUCUGAAUGGACGGGCCUGGAUCUGGGGAGGCCACAGACAUGUGGGCUGAGGUUAAACAACCCACAGCAGGGGUCCAGCAAACCA